CGGGGCUGCGGACGGGCACGGUGCAGCGGGGCUGGGCGUGCAUUAAAUCGGCCUCAAACGUGCACGGUGCACGGCGUGCACGGGGCUGGGCGUGCGUUAAAUCGGGCUGUAAUUGUGCGUGGUGCGUCUGGGGCUGGGCGUGCAUUAAGUCGUGCCGUAAGUGUGCGUGCAGCGCGGUGCACCGGGCUGGGCGUGCAUGAAGUCGGGCUUAAAUGUGCACGGCGCGUGGUGUGCACGGGGCUGGCCGUGCGUUAGGUCGUGCUUUAUAUAUGCCUACGACAUGGCGUGCCUGGGGCUGGGCAUAAAUUAAAUCGUGCUGUAAGUGUGCAGGCAACGUGGUGUGCCCGGGGCUGCACGUGCAUUAAAUCGGACUUUCAGUGUGCAUACGUGGUGGGCACGGGGCUGCACAUGCAUUAAAUCUUACUUUAAAUGUGCAUAUGUGGUGGGCACGGGGCUGCACGUGCAUAAAUCCCACUUUAAAUGCGCAUACAUGGUGUGCCCGGGGCCGCCCGUGCAUUAAAGCCUACUUUAAAUGUGCGUGCAACAUGGUGUACCCAGGGCUGAGCGUGCAUUAAAUCAUACUUUAAAUAAACAUGCACUAUGGUGUGCCCGGGGCUGGGCAUGCAUGAAACUGUCCUGUGUGCAUGCAACGUGGUGUUCCUGGGGUUAAGCAUGCGUUAAAUCAGGCUUUAUAUAUGCAUACGACAUGGUGUGCCAGGGGCUGGGCAUGCAAUGCACGUGUGUUCAGUGUGCAUACAUGGUGCAUCCGGGGCUGGGCAUGCAUUGAAUUGUGCUUUAAAUUGUGCAUUAAACCAUGCAUACGAUAUUCUGCAACUGUGGCUGUGCUUGCCUGAAACUGUGCAUUAAAUGCACAUGUGUUGCAUCUGGACUCAGCAUGCCUCGUGAAUUAAAUGUGCAUACAACAUUUCGCAUUUGAGGCUGAGCAUACAUUCAGUUGUGCAUUAAAUGAUGUACUAAAUUUACCUAUAACAUGUUGCAUCUGAGGCUGGGUGUGCAUUAAAUAGCACACUGGAUGCGCAUGUAGCUGCUGCAUCUUGGGUGUGCAUUCAGUUGUGAAUUAAGUAACAGAUUGAGCGUGCACAUAACAUGCUGCGUGUGCAGCCAGGCAUUUAAUAAUUGAUUAGUUAAAUGGCUCAUUAAGUGCCCAUAUAGCAUACUGCAUUUGGACAGGGCACACAUUACGUAGUGCCGUGGAUAGCACAGUAAGCGUGCAGAUAAUGUGCUGCACUUGGAGCCAAGCAUGCAUUAAAUGCACAUGUUAACGUGCUGCAGUUGAUGUUGUGCAGUGCAUGCAGGAUCGCCCUGGUUUCAGUGGCCUCCCACAGCUGGUCUAUGGGAUGGCAGUGGGGUGUUUUGAGAGGUUACAGCCCCCUGAGCAAUGCAUGGGGUGGGGAAGAGGCACCGAGCGUUAAAGCCGUGAGGUUGCAGCUCAGCGCGUCCCUGCUGCUGUGGAACCAGUACUGGGGUCCCCCGGCCCCUUGGGAGGCAUCACUUGUCUGCUUUGCAGUGGGCUUGGGCAACAAUUGGUGUCUUCCUCCAGUGGGGCGAGAAACCUGAGAGAAAAGCAGUAAAUGGAGCACAGAAACCUGCCAAACCCAGAGACUCUGCAAGGGAGAGAGCAGAGAAAAUGCCAAAAGAAACCACUCUGGGGCACAGCCACAUGCCUGGCCAUGGCACAAAAAUUGUUCUCCAGCUGCAGGAUCAGCCAGUACCAGAAUUUCCUAUCCUGCAGCACUCAGGACUAUCCCUUAAAUCUUACCGCAUGGCACCCUGUCACUGCAGCAGCCUGCAUCUCCAUCCUUCAGAGUCCCUGAACGUCUCAAUCCCUACUUUUCUUCACCUGCCAUUUUUUCCACUUCCUUAAUCUUUAUCAACUCACCCGAAAUGUGGGGGGAACCUGGGGGGAUCUGGUGGGCUGCCUGUUGCUGUCCAUGUUGGGUUGUGGUGGGGGAAGGCAGUCACCCUCCAUGCCAGGGGAGGAUGCUGCACGCAGGACUCAGCAGGGAAGGCAGGCAGCCCCCUGGCUGGGGGGGCGUUGGCACAGCAGGAGUUUCAGGGUGGUCUCACGUAGCACUGGGUCAGGUACAGGUUGGCAGGAGCUCAGAUCUGCUUUACUACAGGCCCAGCAGUGGUUGCAUGAGAUGCUGCCAGGUGCUGGGGUCUACUACUUCCCAUGGGAGAUCAACAGCUCCGUCCCAGAGGGGGAGGCGCUGAGGACGUUUGGCAGGUUACGCUGCUACAACCUGGCCCGGUCCGAAGCCGUCCUCAGUGCUGAGCGCAGCGCAGCCCAGCACCACGUCUGCGUGGACACCCGACUGGUGGAACCAUUUGAAGCCCAGCUGGGAUCUCUCUACAUGGUCCUAGGAGAGGCUGAACACAGGGAAGGUGAGAAUCCCGUGAUAAAAGCCCGGAUACUGACCUGCGUGGAAGGGAUGAACGUGCCCUUGCUGGAACAGGCCAUACAGGAGCAGAGGAAGUACUUCAGUGAGAGGCAGCAGCGGAUGGGAACAGAUGCAUCCUGACAGCAGCUCCGAGCCAUGCCAUGUGCUGGUCCCCACCACAGCCACCUGGUAGCACUGCCAUUUGCAACAAACAUCUUGAAAGUGUAUUUAGAAGGUGGGUUAGAAACACAACUGCUUUUUGCCAUGGCAGAGAGAAGUCACUAAGCAGGGGAACAUGUGAAGACUGAAUCAGUAUGUAGUUGUGGAGCUGCCAGCCUGUGCCAGGUGUCAUCACUGAAAAUAGCUCUGGGAGGCAGGUUUGUUGUUCAAGAGGGUGGGUAAGGAAAUUGCGUGUGAUUUACAACAGUCCUUUUGUAACGCAGGGCUUAGAGAAGUCAGAAAAAGGCAAAGUAUAUGAAACUGGAGUUAAACACCUGUGCACACCCCAACACACACUACCAAGGUGCAGCAGAUAGAAGGUAAAGGGCAUUAGUGCAAAGUUCAUUAGCCCUGCGUGGCUGCGGGUCCACGAGCACACACGUGUGUUGGGUUGCAGUGACUCAGCUGCCACACAGGAGCAUUCCUGGCAAAACACUCAGGUCUGGACUGAACAACAAAGGAACAAGAAGGGCGAGGAGUCACUAUUUCCAGUAGCACUUAUCUCUACAGGGGUUCAGGAGCUCGUGUUCAAGGCAGGUCGUUGACUUUAGCUCUAAAUUAAGUAUUUGCAGUGCCCUGAGAACCACCACUUGACUUUCUUCCUUGACACAAUUAAGUUUAGGAAACCUUAAACCACUAAUUUUUGGAAGCAUCUAAAGGUUUUGAUUGAUAUGUUCCUAAAUAAAGA